ACCAGACGUUCGGGCCUUUUCGUCGAUGCACAUUCUUUACUCCUACGUUGUGUUGUGUUUCUUUUUUCUCUUUCUCUUUCUCUUUCUCUGUUCCCCCUUUCUCUUUCUUUCGUCACGUGUUAUCGUCGAUCUAUCGUUGCCAAUCACGUGGCACCCUUUUCGUCCAGGGACUAUAUUAUUAUACAUAGAUCAUCGGCUCUUUGAUAAAAUUCGACGAUUGAUAUCUCUUUGACAUUUCGCGGCACUUUUGAAAGGAAAAUUUUAUUGAGUUUUUGUGUGUGUUAUGUGUAAAAGUGAGAAAGGAAGAGAGAGAGAGAGAGAGAGAGAGAAUAAACGAUAAAAACGUGAUAAAUAUGACGGAUGUUAUGAGACCCAUGUCGCCUGUUCGUUUGGCGAUUAUUCAACGACAUGCACGAUGGGAACAAUACGUUAAUGCCCUAUUGGCGGAUUUACAAAAUACUGUAUCGUCCGAAGGCAAUCACGUUAGUAGCAACGCUACACCCGGUUACGGUUCGUUAAAUGGUGCAAGAACGCAUAAUACGAAUGCAUACAGAUCGUACGAAAGUAGAACUUCACCAUUACCGUCACAAUCGCCGACUUAUCAAAAUCGUGAGGCCAUCGAGGAGACCAUCACAAAAUCUUCGAGUACAACUUAUACGCAAAACCCUAGCACUGGUGGGAAAAUGCCAUCGUUGAACAACAAUCUUUCUGAAUUGGACACGUUGCUUCAAGAUUUGAGCAAUGCACGUUACAAUUCGCAUUAUCACGAGAGAGAUAGUCACGUAUCAACGGGGGGUGUAAAUGGGGGUACGACUAGUCCAAUGCUACGCUCACCAAGUAGUAUGUCAGCCCCUCGCCCCACCGUCGAUGCUUUGCUCGAGGAACUUAACACAGCGGUGCCUAAUGGGGAUUAUCCCAGUGAUGGUAGAGUGAAGGUCACCAUACAGGAAACCUCAACAGAGAUUCAACCAGUCUAUGAUGGUUAUCCUUCGAGUCAACAUGGUUCCUUGAAUCGAUCAGAGAUUCAACAACGUAGUUAUGCCAACGGUCAUACUGCCAGUAACGCAACGAAAGAGCUCGACGAUUUGAUGGCCUCCCUUUCCGAGUUCAAGAUCAAUAGCAGUUCUCAUCAACAUCAAACGGUGACCGAUUCUCCAUACGCUAAACCCAAUAAAGCGACUAAAAGUUCGCAAAGCCCAUUACCACCGGCUGAGGGUACACAAACGAGAAUACACAUUACAGAAACUCAAACGACACAUCAUUAUCAGCAACAACAACACGGGGAAAGUCAUACCGCACAAGCCGCAACACAAAUCAAACAGAAUCAAUUGGAUUCUAUGCUAGGAAAUCUCCAGGCAGAUAUGAGUCGCCAAGGUGUGAACACUACGCAAAAGGGAUGCUGCAGUGCCUGCGAGAAACCUAUCGUAGGCCAGGUAAUCACGGCCUUGGGUAAGACCUGGCACCCUGAACACUUCACAUGUACUCAUUGCAAUCAAGAAUUGGGUACACGUAACUUUUUUGAAAGAGAAGGACAUCCCUAUUGUGAACCUGAUUAUCAUAAUCUUUUUUCACCACGUUGUGCUUAUUGCAAUGGUCCAAUUCUCGACAAAUGCGUUACCGCCUUGGAGAAGACUUGGCACACGGAACACUUCUUCUGUGCUCAGUGUGGCAAACAAUUUGGUGAGGAAGGUUUUCACGAACGAGAUGGAAAGCCAUAUUGUCGGGAGGAUUUUUUCGACAUGUUUGCACCUAAAUGCGGUGGUUGUAAUCGAGCAAUCAUAGAAAAUUAUAUUUCUGCAUUGAACAGUCAAUGGCAUCCGGAUUGUUUCGUUUGCAGAGACUGCAGACAAAAGUUUCAAGGAGGAUCCUUUUUUGAUCACGAAGGAUUGCCGUAUUGUGAAACACAUUAUCAUGCCAAAAGAGGGUCAUUGUGUGCUGGCUGUCAUAAACCAAUAACAGGACGCUGUAUAACUGCCAUGUUCCGAAAAUUCCAUCCAGAGCACUUUGUCUGUGCAUUUUGUUUAAAACAAUUAAAUAAGGGUACUUUCAAGGAACAAAAUGAUAAACCAUACUGCCAUGGGUGCUUCGACAAACUUUUUGGAUAAAAUCACUCGACAAAUAUCGUUAUACUUCAUACGUUCAUUAUUUACACGAUGAUCAAGUGAUAGGGUUGUCUUACUCGAGAUUUUAUCUAUAAACGAAUGAAGAAAAAAGAACUUAUGAAUUUACACGUAAAUGAAUAAGAAUGAAAUUCAUAAUACACGAAUCAUUGACACAUCUAUAGAUACGUAUAAUAAUAAUAACAACAAAAACAACAACAACAACAACAACAAUAAUAAUAAUAAUAAUAAUAAUAAUAAUAAUAAUAAUAGUAAUAAUAAUAAUAAUAAUAAUAAUUAUAUAAUAAUAAUAAUUAUUAUUAUUAUUAUAAUUUUAAACUUUUAAACGAUGCGAUGAUGAACUAGAAAAAAAAAAGAAAAUUAAAGUUCAUUAAUCAUUUUGCUACAGCUUAAUACAGCCUUUUAAAAUUUUUAUACGCCUUAAUUUUCUUAAGUAGAAAGAUAAGUAGAUGUUAGUUAUAACAUUUUUAUUACAUCUCUUUCUCUUUCUCUCUCUCUCUCUCUCUCUCUCUCUCUCUCUCUCUCUUUCUCUUUUUCUCAAUAAAAAUAAAUUUAAUACAGUCCCUCGAUAGAUAAUACGCUUUGUAUUGUCUUCCAAUAUUUAAACGUGGACAUACAUAUAUAUAUACAUACAUACAUACGUACAUACAUAUUUUAAAGGAAAUACAUUGAAAAGUAUGACAUUAAAAUUUUCGUCAUAAAUGUAUAGAGAUUAACGAAAAAAAGGGUGCUAAUUCACAAUGUGUUUUAACUAAUUCUUUUUUUUUUUCUUUUUAAUAAUUUUACUUUCAACUAAUGAUAUGUACGUAAUUUAAUUGUUUCCGAUAAUUUCUAUAUAUAAUCCAUAUUUUAUAUAUAUAUAUAUAUAUAUAUAAAAUGAGAACACAGUUCUAAAUGAAUAUGUUCAUUAAGUUUCAUAAUUAUAUUUAUGAAAUAUUUAUGUACAGUUAAAGCGAUUAAUUCCGAGCAAGCAACGAUAUUCAUUUUCCAUUUAAUUUUUUUUUUUUUUUUUUUUUUUAAUCAAAUAAAGAUUGAAUCAUCACACACGUUUAUUUCUAUCGUUCUUUCGAGAUAGACAUUGUAGUAAGUGUGUAUGAUACUUCUUUCUCAAGAGUUCAUACGAAGGUAUAUAAUACAUAUACAAUGAUGUAAUAGUAUAGAAUAGCUGAAAAUGUAAGCAAAAUAUACUACAUGCAUUCACAUACAAAAUAUGAGAAUUUUUUAUUUUCUUUUAUGCACUGUAUAGUUUGUGUGAGAUUCAGUUUUUUUUUUCUUUUUUUUUUAAACGUGACAGAUUAAGAGAUCAAGGAUAUAUAAUUUAAAUAAACAGAGAAAUAUUGUAUACACGAUUUAUUUGGCAUACUGUCGCACAGUAAGUACUUGCAUUUUACAUGUCGUCAAAUAAUUAUUCAAUAAAUAUUAUAUAUAUAUAUUAUAUAUUAAAUAUUAUAUAUAUGUGUGUGUGUGUGUGUGUGUGUGUGCGCGCGCGUGUAUAUAUAUAUAUACACACACAUACAGACACAUUAACAGAUAUUUUUUUUUUUUUUUAAUAGAUAAAAGUGUGUAUACGUGUAUAAAAUAAUUUACAGUAUACAGUGAAGCUACUAGAUUUCUAACUUACUAAUUAACCGAGUGUAACAUUGAAAGUAUAAAAAAGAAAAUCAAAAACAAAAGAAA